UGUUGAUCAUAAUUUAAGGGGCUAAAUUAACACUUCCCACAUGCUGGAUCUAACACUAUAAACAGUUGAAUCUAGCAUGGUAAAAGUGUUGAACUGACAAUUUUAGAAAGUGGUCACUCCACAGCCCUUUUAAAUGUUGAUUUAGCAUUUUAGUUUUGAGAGUGUAUGAAAAGACAUAUUAGGCAUUCACUUUCUGGCCUAGAUUAGGAGUUAAUAUGUCACUGUACCUUUACAUCUCUGUCUUGUAUUCAUGUAGAAAUAGAUCCAUGUGCUAAUAACUCGUGUGCAAAUGGAGCUACCUGUAACCCUAUGCCUAACUCUGUAAACUACACGUGUGAAUGUGUGAUUGGAUUCUCGGGAGAACGAUGUGAAACAGAAAUAAACCCUUGUGAUAACAAUAGCUGUGAAAAUGGCGCUUCAUGUAACAAAGUAGUUGGCUCUAUCACUAACUACACAUGCGAAUGUCCCACCGGAUUCAGAGGAGAAUUCUGUGAACUUGAAAUAGAUCCAUGUGCUAAUAACUCGUGUGCAAAUGGAGCUACCUGUAAACCCAUGCCUAACUCUGUAAACUACACGUGUGAAUGUGUGAUUGGAUUCUCUGGAGAACGAUGUAAAACAGGUCUGUAUUUCAAACAGCAAAAUAAUUAGACGUUUUCAUCUAUCUUACGUUAUCCUAGUUCACAAAAUAUGUUGUAUAUGUGCUUUCCUCAGCAAUCUAUCUAAUAGAUAAA